ACAGCGAAGUUUUCUAUCAAUGACCGUCAGUUCAAGUUUGUGGAUGUUUUCAGCUGUAAGCAGUUGGAAAUGUUUGUAUUUGUCUCGCUAAUUUAAGUUUAAACUACAUUUUUCCACAUUGUCCAUUUGCUUUUUUUAGGAUGUUUUGAGAAACAGUCAUCCUCUUAUUUUUGUUAAAGUAGGUGGCGCAACAUUUCUUUGUUUAUUUUAUUUUGGCGCUUCAGCUGUCAGUGGUGUGACGCGGGCAUUCUCCUGUCGGGAUGUUUAAUUUUCCGGCUGUGGCGUGGGUCGUGGUGCUGCUGUGUGGGUGGGUUCGGUCCGGCGUCGCCUGCUCAGGACUACUGCUCUGUCGGUCCUGCGGGCACGAGGUGGCGGAAGUCGCGGACCUGAGGUACGUGGCCAGCCGCAUGGCACUGUCGCACCGGAACGACACCGUAAUCGGAGAGAAGCGCAUCUCCGUUCAGCUUUUCGAAAAUCCUCAGGGCUUUCAGUUUGAGGUCGUCACGUUUAAGCGCGCGGAUGUUUUAAAGCACUGGCCGGCUGACAGUCACUUCACCUGGUUUCCUGGUUACUCGUGGACGGUUACCACGUGCCCGCGGUGCAAAACACACCUAGGUUGGGCGUUUCAGCCGAGUGAUUGGCCCAGCACAGUGACCAGAGAAGAGUUUGAAGGUUCAGAUCAAACAUUUGUGGCACUCAUAGCCGACAGGUUACUACAGGAACACUUUGCAUCCACACUGCUGAUGACACCCAAAUCUUUCAGAAGUUGACAAAUUGCCUGACCCAACUUUAUACCUUUCAAUAAAGUUAUUUUUAUGAGAAUUA